AUGACGAAGACGCCGCCGACGACCGAGCUCUUCACGGUGGCCGAGAUCCACUUUAUCUGCAGCGCGUUCGCGCCCGGCGUCUCGGCGCUCGAGCCCGCAUACACGACUGACGUUGCCGCCAUCGAUUUCGGCUCCGCCCUGGAAACCGGCUUUGUCUGCCUUGCGGACGGCUGCGCCACAUCGAUUCCGUGGCGGCGAGGGCACUGCAAGGCCCAUGGCGGUACCAAGCGCUGCAGCCACACGGGAUGUCCGCGUGGGCCUCAGAAAGGCGGCUUUUGCAUCGCCCACGGGGGCGGUCGCCGCUGCUCGAUGGACGGCUGCAACAAGGCCGUUCAGACGCUCGGGCUCUGCAAGGCCCACGGCGGCGGCAUCCGGUGCGGCGCCGACGGCUGUGACAAGAGCUCGCAAGGCGGUGGCUAUUGCCGAAACACGGUGGCGGCAAGCGCUCGCGGCCAGUUUUGUGCCAAGCACGGCGGUUUCCGCCACUGCCAUGUUGCAGGGUGCCCCCGCACGGACCGCGGCGGCGGCCUCUGCGAUACGCACCGUAUUCAAACCAAGUCGUCUACCCACGACAUGUCCGUGCUCCACAUUUAG